AUGAGGCUCGUCUUCACUGCCCUGCUGUCCUUCGGGGCCCUUGGGCUUUGUCUGGCUGUCUCUGAGAAAACCGUUCGAUGGUGCACCAUAUCACAAGACGAGGCGAUAAAAUGCUCCGAAUUCCAAGAGAAUAUGGCAAAAGUGGGCGGCCCCCCUCUCACCUGUGUAAACAGAAUCUCCUACCUUGAAUGUAUCCGGGCCAUUGCUGCAAACCAGGCAGAUGCUGUGACCCUCGAUGGUGGUUUGUUGUUUGAGGCAGGCCAGAAAUCCUACAAGCUGAAGCCUGUCGUGGCCGAGGUCUAUGGGACUGAAGCAAAGCCACAAACCCACUAUUAUGCUGUGGCUGUGGUGAAGAAGGAUACCAACUUCCAGCUGGAACAACUCGGAGGCAAGAAGUCCUGCCACACGGGCCUCGGCAGGUCUGCCGGGUGGAACAUCCCUAUUGGGACACUUCGCCCAUUCUUGAGGUGGAGAGGGCCACCUGCAUCCCUUGAGGCUGCUGUGUCCAAGUUCUUCUCCAAGAGCUGUGUUCCCUGCACAGAUGGAAGACGAUUCCCCAACCUGUGUGACCUGUGUGCAGGGGAAGGGCCAAAUAAAUGUGCCUGCUCCUCUCAGGAACCGUACUUUGGCUACUCUGGUGCAUUCAGGUGCCUGCAGGAUGGGGUUGGAGAAGUGGCUUUUGUCAAGGACAGUACGGUGUUUGAGAACCUGCCAAACAAGGCUGACAGGGACAAGUAUGAGCUACUCUGCCCAGACAACACCCGGAAGCCAGUGGAUCAGUACGAGACAUGCCACUUAGGCAAAGUCCCUUCUCAUGCUGUUGUGGCCCGAAGUGUGAAUGGCAAGGAAGACUUGAUCUGGGAGCUUCUCCGCCUGGCACAGGAAAAGUUUGGAAAGGGGAAAGCAUCAGUGUUCCAGCUCUUUGCUUCCCCUCCUGAGAAGAAGGACCUGCUGUUCAAGGACUCUACACUCAGACUUUCAAGGAUCCCCCCCAAGAUAGAUGUUGGACUGUACCUUGGCUUCGGCUACUUCACUGCUCUCCAGAACCUGAGGAAAAGGGCGGCGACAGUGGCCGCCCGGCGCACACGAGUGGUGUGGUGUGCCGUGGGCACCGAGGAGCUGCGCAAGUGCAGGCAAUGGAGCCGCCAGAGCAGAGGGAAAGUGACUUGCGCCUCGGCCUCCACCACCGAGGACUGCAUCGCCCUGGUCAUGAAAGGAGAUGCUGAUGCCCUGAGCUUGGAUGGAGGUUUCAUCUACACGGCGGGCAAGUGUGGUUUGGUGCCUGUCCUGGCAGAGAAUGCCAGAUCCCAAAGAAAUGAUAACUCUGAUUGUGUGAAUAGACCAACAGAAGGGUAUCUUGCCGUGGCGGUCGUUAGGAAAGCAGAUGCCGACCUCACCUGGAACACUCUGAGGGGCAGGAAGUCCUGCCACACUGCUGUGGGCAGGACCGCGGGCUGGAACAUCCCCAUGGGCCUGCUCUUCAACCAGACGGGUUCCUGCAACUUUGGUGAAUUCUUUCGUCAAAGCUGUGCCCCUGGGGCUGAUCCCACAUCCAAUCUCUGUGCUCUGUGUAUCGGUGAUGAGAAGGGCCAGAACAAAUGUGUGUCCAAUAGCAAGGAGAGAUACUACGGCUACACGGGGGCUUUCAGGUGCCUGGCUGAGAAGGCUGGAGAAGUUGCAUUUGUGAAAGACAUCACUGUCUUGGAGAACACUAAUGGAAAGAACUCUGAAGCAUGGGCUAAAGAUCUGAAGCUGGAGGACUUUGAGUUGCUGUGCCUUGAUGGCACCCGGAGGCCUGUGACAGAGGCUUGGAACUGCCACCUCUCCGUAGCCCCAAGUCAUGGUGUGGUAUCUAGGAAAGAAAAGGCAGCAUACCUUGAAAAGGUGCUGCUCCAGCAACAGGCUCAGUUUGGAAGAAAUGGAAAUGACUGCUCACGCAAGUUUUGCUUGUUCCAGUCUCAAACCAAAAACCUUUUGUUCAACGACAACACUGAAUGUCUGGCCAAACUGCAGGGCAAGACAACCUAUGAAAAGUAUUUAGGACCAGCAUAUGUCACAGCCAUUGCUAAUAUGAAGAAAUGCUCAUCCACCCCACUCCUGGAAGCCUGCGCCUUCCUCAGGGGCUAA